UUUAGUUUUGUUAUGAAUUUUCAGGAUUUUUAGGUGUUUUAUCCUUAUUUUGGUUUAUAAAAAUGCCCGAACCGGUCUCAGAUGUUCCUAAGGUAGAUGAAAGAGUCAACGAGGAAGGUGAAAAUUUAGAGAAAGAUGAGAAUACGACGGAAAAAAGUGCUGAAAAUGAAGAUGCCGUUUGCAAGGCGAAAGUCAAGAUGGCGUCUCACGAUGUGAUGAGGAACGAACCUAUUUUAACCAACUUGAUUGUGGAGAAUUACGAGGGAGAGAAAGACGAAAGAGGGUUUUUUCAUGGUGUAGGAACAGCGUAUUUCAAGGGAGGACACGUUUAUUCUGGGUCUUUUGUGAAUGGCAAGAUGAGUGGCCUGGGAAAGUAUGUCUGGAGUAAUGGGAUCAUCUAUGAAGGAGAGUUCAAAGAGAAUAGGAUAGAGGGCAAUGGAAAAUAUACGUGGCUAGAUAAUAGUGUAUAUGAAGGGGAGGUCUUUAAUGGACUUAGACAUGGACAAGGAACAUUUUACUGUGGGUGUCUACCAAGUGUCUACACAGGAGAAUGGAAUCAUGGAAAGAGGCAUGGUAGAGGGCAUUUGAGAUAUGAUGAGGAGGGAAAAUCUGAGUACGAUGGUCAUUGGUUCAACAACAACAGACAUGGGCAUGGCAUACGAAGAUAUGCGUCUGGUAAUGAAUAUAACGGAGACUGGAGGGAUAAUCAACGGCAUGGUGACGGAGUCAUGCACUGGACUGAUAGGGAGCAACUACAGACUUACAAAGGUCAAUGGGAGUAUGGUAUGCAGCAUGGACACGGAGAGCACUCAUGGUAUCUGAAAAGGAUUCCUGGAUCUCAAUAUCCACUAAGGAAUUAUUAUGUAGGUGACUGGUGCAAUGGGCUGCGGCAAGGGUAUGGUACGUUCACGUACGCAUCAGGUGCAAAGUAUAUUGGAGAAUGGAUGAACAAUAUGAAGCACGGCAAGGGGAUGUACAUAUUUAAAAAUGGUCAUCUCUUCGAAGGGAACUUUGAACAAGACCACAUGAUAGACUUCCCCGAGUUUAAUCCCUCUGGCAUGACCACKCCAGAUAUUGCUAACUCUGGUAUUCCAAUGCGCCCCCCUCUGACCCCACUGAGGAGUGCCACGCCCUUCAUCCCCACCGACAGCUCCACUCUCGGCAUCAACAACCCUCUGAGUAUCAAGAUAGAUCACCUUUUUGAUGACCUUGAGAUGUACCUUGAUGAACGCCAGGAAGAACUACAGGGUGUUACACAUGUAAUACUCAGACAUAUGAGCAAGCUGAAGCAGAUAUACUCCUUCUAUAGUGGCCUCGGACAAGAGUACUCCACAGAUAAUACAUUUGCUAUGACCCGAAUGCAAUUCUGGAGGUUCCUGAAGGACUGCAAGAUACAUCAUCAUGGGGUGACACUAGUAGAAAUGGAUCGUUUUGUUAGCACCAAUGAGAGAACUCCUGACAUCCAUGAGCCCCAACACAAAGUACUCCUCAGAGACUUUAUCAAUGCUAUCAUUACGAUUGGCUACCAUGUCUUCCAUGGGCAGACUCACAAGAAAGGGGCAGUUUUUGCUGAAUGCACCUCAAAAAUAAUGUCGCAGAAUAUCCUAGACAAUGCAUGCAAUGUACAGGGAAGUUUAUUCCCCAGUGCAACCAAAGCCGAAGAAGCCACCAAGUACAUAGAAAAAUCCUGGGACAUCUUUAACAGUUUAUGCGUCCCCAAUAAACUUGCUCCGUAUGAGCCAGCAUUCAAAGCUAGACAAUUUCUCUUCAUGUUGAAUGRGUUUAAGCUGUUUAACAAUGCCCUUACUCCAAAAGAAGUGAUCGAAAUCUUGUCCUGGGACAACCCACAUCUUGCUCAAGCUGAUUUUUGUAACCUUGAACUAGAGAUAACAUUCUUGGAGUUUUUUGAAGGCCUUAUCGAUUGUGCCUUGGUGUACGUGAGUGAUAGAAUGAUCAUGAGUUCUCAUAGUGCCAAGCUGAGUCCUGACGCAGCAUCUAUUAGAUCUAGAAGCGCAGAAUGCUUUUCUCCAKUGACAUCUAAACCGGGAGAAUCUCCUGAGGAAGAUGAAGAAAAUGUAGUGGAAUCUGUGAAUGGCAGCCCAGUGGCAAACGAGUCUCCUGUCAGAUUAUCUCAUCCUGGAUUGACAGACUCACCUGAACAGAAGCCAGCAACCAGAGAAUCUGUAAUUAAAACCCGUGAAGGACUUGCUAAAGAAGGCAAGACCCCUGAUGCCUCUCAGCAGCCUGGCUCUCAAGAAGAAGCAAAGCGCACUGCAUCACAGCACUCCACAGCCAACAUGCAACAGUCGGCCAGUAAAACUGCUACGGCAGAAUCUGAGACAGUUGGCGCAGGCCUUGGAGCAGUUCAAGAGAAUGACGCAGAUGAAGAGGACCCAAGCCCAAGCCCUGAAGUAAUCCCUAGUUCUCCUCAACUGGAUCACCAGUCAACUAAUGUCUGGGCAACACAGUUGACCAUCUUUUUCGACAAAUUCUUUAGUGCUGCUGAUAGACUAGAGAUGAUAAAGAAAGCAACACAAAAAACUAAUGGGGAACGUUAAAGAACUGUUACAGUAUUAACAAACUUUAGGAUGUAGAUUUCUGAGAGUGCUUCAUAAAUGUCACAGUUUCAGACAUGAAAACAAAGCAUUUUCGGGCAGUGCUCAGAAGAAAACUUUGGAAACCACAGAUUUAUAGGCGAUUUCUAAAACCCUUAGAGAAAAGAUCUGAAUUGAGCUAUAAAGUCUUGCCCAAAAAUGUCUUGUUUUCAAAUCUGAGCAUGUGUGCCAGAGCUCGCACAUCUUGGAAAAGUUCUAUUACCUCUCCCUGACACGGUGCCUAUGACUACUGCUUUUAGGCAGAUAAUGUUUACAUCUUUACUACUAGAUUGCUGUCAUAGUUGACGAUCAAAGAUAGUAUUUGGUAUUUAAUUACUCAAAUGGACCAAUCGAGACCAAUCCUACCAAUACACGAGACGAAUACUGAGCAUUGCUAGGGGAGGGGGAUCAAUCCACRACCCAAUAGGAUGGUCGCAUAAUGACGUCAUUUUACUCCCACUACCAAAAUCCUUCGCAAAUAUUCAUUCUCAUUCAAUUUUGUAUUUCCUCACAAUAACAAAAAAGGCUUAACUGAACUAAAGAAAGUCUGCAAGGGAAUUUGGUAGUCACAGUUAAUAACACCAUGAUGGAAAUGUCAUAUUUCAGCAGUUUUCUUUUCUGCACCUUGCAGUUGAGAUUGUCAUUGUAAAUAAUAAUUUUUGGUAAGAGUUGUUCAUUUUAAUCAGAAUUUAAGUAUUUCCUUCUUCAAAGCUUAAAAAACAUUGUACAAUCGUUAUACUUGUUUUUGGAACUCAAAGUGAAUAUUAUAGUUAUUCAAAAAUACAUACAUCCUCCAU